CACCAGUGAUUGGUCACUUCCGCGAGAUCUGCUACUUGUGUUUGCGCUCGCGACUAAUGUAGAACGUCCUUAAGCGAUAAGAUGUAAACAAAUCAACCAAUCAGACCAGUAUUUUCCCGAAUGUAAGCUUGACGUUUGACAAAUAUGUGGACACGGCGGCGCUCGAGACCGAGUAGAAAUGUUAAAUGCCUGUUUAAAGUCGCUUUGAGCUGUUUCUCUUUAGUCAAAGACGUUUCAAACAUGGUUUCAAACAGCUGUUUUUACCCGGCAGUUGUCUGUAAACAAAAGAAAUGAAAAAUGAUGUAACUUUAUGUGUGUGCGCAUCGAGUACACAAUGAAAAACAAAAUAACAUCUCAUUCACCAACUCUAUCGCCGCCGCUUUCUUGUUGGAUAAUCGUGAUUUUGUCACUUUGUUUUGUUAACAGUUAUGACGGAGAUUUUGUUUUUGACGAUACCGAGGCGAUUGUCAAUAAUGACGAUGUACGUGCCACACCGCUGUGGCAAAUAUUUAGAAAUGACUUUUGGGGCACCAAAUUGUCCCAUAAGCGAAGCCAUAAGUCAUACAGACCUUUUACCAUUCUGAGUUUUAGAUUAAAUUUCUGGUUAAGGCAAGACUUGAUUUCACAAGACUAUCACUUGAUAAAUAUAAUAUUACACAGUGUGGUCUGUUUGUUAACUUUUUUUGUAUAUAACAUACUGAUGGGAUCGGACAAAUGGAAUAUCUCGUUUUACGCUGCAGCUUUAUUUGCAGUUCAUCCAAUUCAUACAGAAGCUGUAUCUGGAAUUGUAGGACGUGCUGAAUUAUUGUGCACAUUAUUCACAUGGUUGUCAAUUUUGUUAUAUAACUAUGCGACAUGUACAAAACAUUCGUGGUACAUAUCCAUGUCCGGUUUUGCUAUUUGCGUAAUUACAGCAAUGCUAUGUAAGGAAACUGGAAUCACUGCCGUUGCUAUUUGUGCAAUUUACGACAUAGUUAUAGUGAACAAAAUAUAUCCAGUUGAUAUCAUUAAUUUUAUUCUACUCAAAGAUUCGAAUAAACAUUCGAACAAUUUUUUUAAACACAAAAACUUGCUCUUGCGACUUAGUGUUCUUUUCUUGAUCGCGAUAAUACUCUUAUUACUGAGAUUUACUAUUAUGGGAUUUUCCGUCCCCAAAUUCCAACCGGUGGAUAAUCCAGCAUCUUUUGUGGAUAAUAUGUUUUUUCGUAUACUCAAUUAUAGUUACAUCUAUUGUUUGAAUACGUGGUUGCUCAUAUGUCCUGUUUGGCUCUGUUUCGAUUGGUCAAUGGGUUGCGUACCUUUAAUUACUGAUUAUGACUAUAGAAUUUUUGUAAUCAUUAUUUUCUGGUUAACGAUCGGAACGUUAAUCGCGCACACAUUUACUUCUCGAAAGGACGAUACUUCAAGAUACACAAUUAUGGGACUUGCGCUGUUAAUUUUUCCAUUUCUACCAGCGAGCAAUAUCUUCUUCAAUGUUGGAUUUGUUCUGGCAGAGCGAACGUUAUAUCUGCCUUCGGCGGGAUAUUGUCUGUUAGUUGCUAUCGGCUUGCAAAAACUCUCCGCUCGAUUUUCUUUACCCAAGGCAUCGUUAUUGGCAUACACGACUCUUAUUGUACUUUUCUUCGCACGUUCCUGGAUGAGGAGCAGCGAGUGGAGAAAUGAAAAACUACUUUUCCAAUCGGCAUUGAACGUAUGUCCCUUGAAUGCAAAAGUACAUUAUAAUAUCGCGAAAACUGCUGCGGACGCGGGAAACAUUAGCCUCGCUAAAAUGGAAUAUCAAGAAGCCUUAAGACUAAAUCCAAAUUAUGCUCAAGCAAUGAACAAUCUCGGCAACUUACUGAAAAGUGACGGGCAGCUUUUGAAAGCCGCAAGUUUGUUUAAAAAAGCUGUUAGUUUGCAGGAAGAUUUUGCAGCAGCGUGGAUGAAUUUAGGAAUAGUUCAGUCGGCACUAAAGCAAGACAAAGAAUCAGAAGCAAGCUAUUUUAAAGCUCUGCAAUACCGAUCAAAUUAUCCAGAUUGUUACUACAAUUUGGGCGUUUAUUAUCUAGACCGAAAGCAACACAACGAAGCGUUGAAAGCUUGGAUGAGUGCAACUAAACAAAAACCUACUCACAAACAAGCGUGGACGAACACGAUAUUACUGUUAGAUGAUUUAGGUAGAUCAGAAGAGGCGCUGAACGUGGCGAGCGAAGCUGUAAAAUUUAUUCCGGAUCAUGCUUCCGUCUAUUUCAACGUAGCUAAUAUCUUGGGAAAAAAGGGAAAGUACGAGCAAGCCGAAGCGCAGUAUAAGUUGGCGAUAUCGAAAAAUCCUACCGAUCCUAUAAUUUACGCAAAUUUAGGUGUUUUGUAUCAUCGUUGGAAUAAACUAAGCGCGGCGGAACAAAUGUACAAGACCGCGCUGCAAUUGAAGCCGGACUUGAACAGCGCAAGAGACAAUUUACGGAGACUGUACACAAAAAAAACUCGACAAAAGUAGUCAAUAAAAUGGAUUUUUCACACAAAUGUUUAACGUGGAGUAUUGUAUGGUUUUAUUUUAUAUAAAUUUUUUAA